UCUGCCUGCGAAAUCCUCAAACCAAGCAAGGAAAGAGCAGCAAACCCUUAAUUACAGAUUACACAGACUGCUCUGUUUCACUUCAAGAGACGAGACGAUGGUGACAGUGAUGAACAAGGCCCCGGCAGCUCUAGAGCUGGAGCGCGUCUUCCGCCAUCUGGACGAGAACGGUGACGGCAGGAUCUCCCCGUCGGAGCUGAACCAGCAUCUGGGACUGGGAUUGACCCGAGAGGAAGAGGAGCUGGUCUGGCUGAGGUCCGGCGAGGGGAUGCUGCUCCAGCUGGAGGACCUGGUCGAGCUGGUGGAAGCAGGGGAAGAGGAAGAGAAGCUGCGGGACCUCAAGGAAGCCUUCCGCCUGUACGACGACGGGGAGAAACGCGGCUUCAUCACCCCGCGGAGCCUCCGAGCGAUGCUCAUCAAGCUUGGCGAGCCCGCCAGGUCCAUGGACGAGUGCGAGGCCAUGAUCGCUCGAUUCGAUUCGGAUGGCGACGGCGUCCUUUGCUUCGACGAGUUCCGGGUCAUGAUGCUGCUCUGAUCGGUUUCCAUGAUUGUGUGAAAAUAGGGCAAAUUCAAAUUCAAUUCAAUUCAAUUAUUUCUUUACAAUUGUUUAUGUAUAGAUUGUUAGUGAGAAAUUGCUAUGACAUGAAUAGAUCCAUUGAUUACUUCCUCUUUUUAUGGUUCAAUCGAACUCUUGCUAAAUCAUGAUGAAGAGAAAAAGCAUCGGGAGGCUGGCAUUUGAAGGUUCUGGUCUGUGAUGGCAAAACUUGUAGCAGGUUGGAUAGGAUGAGAGUAGAGAUGGCAAUUAGGAUCCAAAUUCAUGAAUCCAAUUCAAUCCAUUCACCAAAUUAUUCAUCUAAUUCAAUCUAUUUAAAUCCAAUCUAUUUAAAUCCAAUCCAUUUGAUCCAAAUUCAAUUGGAUUGGUGGAUUCAUGGAUCAAUCCAUGGAUCCAAAUGACAAAUUACGAUUUGGUACCUAUAUUUUUUAUAUUUUACAUUUUGGUACCUAAAAUUUAUAUUUUAUACGAAAAAUAUCAUUGGAAAAUUACAUUUUGGUGCCUAAGAUUUUUCAUUAUGACAUUUUAGUACCAAAACUUUUCAAAUUUUACAUUUUGGUCCAAGCCUUGGAUGUCAUUUGAAUUUAUGGAUCAAUCCACCAAUUCAUUUGAUCCAAUCCAUGAAAUCCACCAAUCCAUUGGAUCCAAUCCAUUUGAUCUAUGGAUCCACCAAUCCAAUCCACGAAUCCAAUCCAAUUAUCACCUCUAGGUGAGAGCAUCAGAUAUAUCUAUUCUAGGCUUAGGAGAAUUAUGCAAUAACUAGUCUGAUGGGUUUCAUCAAUUCAAAUCAAUCCUUUACCAUAAUCCCUUAACCUUUAAUUUUGCAUCCCAACCUAUAAACCUAAACCCUAACCCUAAAUUCCUAAACCCUAAAUCAUUGAAAUUAAACUAAAUCUUGAAUGAUUUUAGUACAAAUUCAUGUAUUUUCUUGUCCAUCAUAUUCGUGACGAUUACCAUCAUAUUUACAUCAAUCGUUUGCUUAGAAUAACGAUUAUGAGACGAGUGCAUUCAGGGCACUCACAUUUUUGGGUGCAUUCAGUGCACUCGCUUCAUAACCGUCAUUUUAAACAUGUGAUUUAUGUAAAAAUGAUGUCAAUCAUCACUUAUGAUGUGAUGAACAAUAACACACAUAAAUUUGCACAAAAGCCAUUAAAGAUUUACUUUAAUUUGAAGGAUUUAGAGUUUAGAGAUUUAGGGUUAGGGUUAGGGUUAGGGUUGACAAUUUGGGGUUUAGGGAUAGCACUCAAAAUUCGAGGUCUAGAGCUUAGGGUAAUCCGCUAAUUAGUUAUUAUCAUAUGUUAUAUCAUCAUACUAAACUAAUUCUACAAAUUAAAAUUCAAAAUCUGAUACCUUAAUACUAGUUUUUAGUUGGGUGCAUUGAAUGCACUCAUUUUUGUGAGUGCACCGAAGUAGUCACCUAUGGUGGCGUCUUAGGUGCACUCACAUUUUUGGGUGCAUACAGUGCACUCGCUUCAUAACCGUCAUUUUAAACAUGCGAUUAAUGUCAAAAUAAAGUCAAUCAUCACUUAUGAUGUGAUGAACAAUAGCGCACAUGAAUUUGCACAAAAACCAUUAAAGAUCUACUUUAAUUUGAAAGAUUUAGAGUUUAGAGAUUUAGGGUUAGGGUUUACAAUUUGGGGUUUAGGGAUAGAACUCAAAAUUGGAGGUCCAGGGCUUAGGACAAUCCGUUAAUUAAUUGUUAUCAUAUGUUAGGUGCAUUGAAGGCACCGAAGUGAUUACUGAGGCAAAAGUGGGUGCGCCGAAUUCGCCACCAUAUAUAUAUGGCUUCUAUGGUGACUCACAAAAAUGAGUGCAUACUAUGCACCCAACUCUAAAAGUAACUUUUAAGUCAUUGAAUUUUGAAUUUUAAUUUGUAGCAUAAGUAUAAUAUGAUAAUAUAAUAUAGGGUUAACA